AAGCUGCACCCUUUUCUUAUAAUUAGUUUGAUAUUUAUUUUAUUUCAAUCAAUUAAUAUACAAAAAUCUUCAUUGCUUGAAAAACAGUAUUCGAAUAAAGACAUAACAGUUUUUGAUAAGAGGAUUGAACAGAUUUAAAUCAAUUGUGUUGCAUAAUAUUUUAAGUUAAUAGUUGUUAUAACAGUUUAAGGGCAAAACGAAGAAAUGUUUUUACAAUUAAAUGUGUUGACUUUUACAAUGACUUUAAUAGUUUGUUUCUUUAAUAAACCAUCAGCAUGUCAGACAAACUAUUUACCAGCUAUAAAUUGUCCAAAUGUGUUUCAAUAUUCAUAUUGGGGGAAUAAUAUAAUUGGAAUUAUAACGAUAAAUGGUAUAAUGCAUGGCAAAAAUAAAUUAGUGGUGGAAUUAUCACAACCUGGAGCUUAUAACUUGGACUUCUUUGGAAAACUGUCAUUGAAUCUUAACAAGCAAAAAGUAUUUGAAUAUAUUGAACGACGUAGAGCCUUAACUUUUAAUGUUGAAUUCCCACUUCAAAAUAUUGUUCCAAGAGUAACUUCCAUUGAUGUAAAUGGCAUACAAAUAUGUUCCGGUUUGAAAUAUGAUUUACCAAGCACAACUAUAAAAUUGGAUUACACUUUGACAACAUUUCCAACUGAUUCAAUUUCGUCAAACUAUGACAAGGACCAGCAGCGGGGGCGAUGGCAGAAUUACAACUACAAACCCAAACCAAAUGAAAAAUUCUCUGAAAAUAUAAACCAUUCUUUAAUUGACCCAGUUGCAAAUCAUGGACACAGAAAUAUGCACAAUACAUUUGAUUUAUAUCCGAGUAUAAAACCUUUUACCGAUGUUGAACCCAGUACAGAAUUUCAUGAUGGUGCUUCUAGUUCGUCAACAAACUCCCCUGCAACACUGAAAUAUAUUAAUUCAAUUUGUGGUCAAGAAAACCUUAACUAUGAUGUUAUUAAACUCAACGUCAAAGGAACAAUAAUACGUAGAUCAAGAUUCCCAUGGAUAUCAGCGGUUUUCAAGAAAAUCAGAGGUGACUUUAGUUUUCAAUGUGGAGGAAGUCUUAUUUCGACACGAACUGUAAUAAGCGCAGCUCAUUGUUUUUAUUCCGGGCUUGAACAACUGAAACCAGAAAACAUUUUAAUUUCCAUGGGUCUGCACGACUUGACAAGCUGGUUGGAUGAUGCUCAAAAUUUUGGUGUGCAAAAUAUAAUCCAACAUCCGGAUUACAAUCCGACACAUAGUAAUUUCGACGCAGAUUUAGCAGUUGUUCGUCUUAAAAGAAGUGUGAUGUUUACGACUUCAAUUAGACCAAUUUGCAUGUGGCAAGGAUCUUUGGAUAUUCGUGAAAUUGAAGGAACAUCAGGAGCCGUUGUUGGUUGGGGAGCAGAUAAUAAUCGAAACACAACAAGUGUUCCAACAUUAGUUAAUGCAACUGUUGUCUCAGAAAUAACUUGUCUAAGGUCAAAUUCGGUAUUUAUUUCAUUAACUUCAAAUCGAACUUUGUGUGCAGGGAAUCUAGAUGGCAGUGGUCCGUGCAUGGGAGAUUCGGGAAAUGGAUUAAUUAUAAAAAAGGGAAAUAAAUGGUUGCUUAGGGGAACAGUAUCAGCUGCUCUGGGUACUCCCAAUGGUCACUGUAUUUUAGAUAACUAUGCAAUUUAUUCAGACAUUGCAAAAUUUUCAGAUUGGAUUUAUUUAAAUAUGUUAAUUUAAUGAAAUAAAUUUGAUCAAAUA